CGAGGACAAAACAAGGGCGGACAACUGUUUCUACUUAGUCAUCACUACAUGGGAAAACAGAGAGAAGUCUGGCAACACAAACUUCAAACUGCCAAGGAACCAGUCUGGGCUGUUCUCAAUGUGGCCGAAACCAACUUUCAAGAUAUCAAACUCUCUGUCUACCAUCUACAGCGCUCUGACGGAACUGAAUUCACGUGCAAGGAAAAUGAUCUCUACAUGCUAAAGAUGGAUGACAUCUAUCAGAUGUAUCUUGCAUUCCAGGAAAUUCCAGGCAUUCGUGACAAAACUGCACAAAACGGGCUGGAUGCACUCAAGCGCUUUAUGAUCAGACAAAUCAAAUUCUUUGCCUCUCAUGAUCUUCAGAUGGCUCUUGAAACAAACAUGCCAAAGACAAAUCUCACAAGACCGAAGCUCUAUCGACAAGAAUUGGAGGACUUUCCUGAAACCCUGAAGAUUGUGAAAGAAAAGCUGCAACCUAUCAGAGAAGCAUUUAAAGAAAGACAGCAAAAGUAUGCAGAUGCCACAAAUGCUGAAUUAAAAGAGGCACACAGAAUUGACAACAUUUUACAAGCCAUCGAAAGGCAACUGGAUAGAAGAAAUUCAC